AUGGCUACCCCUAGUGUCCUAGCUUUUGACGCUGAGGGUCGUGCCAUUGACUUUGAGGUCUGGCUCGACGACCUGCAGCUGUUCUUACAGUGCGAUAGGGCAGACGGUCUUUCUCUCUUUGACCUCACCUCUGGCGUCGUCCCUGCCCCUGCUGCUGAUGCUGACGCCACUGUUUGCUCACAGUGGGCCACGCGCGAUGCUGCUGCACGUCUUGCUGUGCAUCGCCACCUGCCUACCGCUGAGCGCGGGCACUUUAGCCAGUACAAGAGUGCCCAGACCUUGUACGACGCUGUAGUUGCGCGCUACUCCUCCCCUGCCACUGCCGCACUGAGCCGCCUCAUGCUCCCCUUCCUCUUCCCUGACCUUGCCGCCUUUCCCACUGUCGCUGACCUCAUUAAGCACCUCCGCACUAGUGACACUCGCUACCGCGCUGCGCUUCCUGCUGACUUCUGCGCCACGAACCCCCCCCCCAUGUACAUCACUCUCUACUUUUUAGUCACUCGCCUCCCUGACUCCCUUCGUGUAGUCCGGGACCACUUCCUCGCGGGGUGUUCUCCUUCCCCUCUCCUGCCCUCUGUCGCCUCUGCUGCUGCGGCCGACCUCGUUGGUCUUGAGUCGGUCGGUGCGGCGUCUGCCCCUAGCGGGAGACGCCGCUCUGGCAAGGGCAAGGGGGGCAAGGGAGCGGGUGGGGCCAGCGGGGGCGGUGAAGGUGGCGGUGGAGGCGGCGGAGGGAGUGGGGGUGGCGGUGGAGGUGGUGGCGGGGGUGGGGGUGCUAGUGGCGGCAGUGGGGGCGGGGGUGGCGGCGGCGGUGGCGGUGGGAGCAGAGGUGGCGGAGGCGGCGGCGGUGGAGGCGGAGGCGGGGGCGGAGGUGGCGGUGGCGGUGGUGGAGGUGGUCGGAGUGGCGCUUCGCAGCGGAGCAGCACUGGGGGUGGUCAGCGCCAGUAG